GACGCUCUCUUCAGGACUCUGUUUAGAGGCUACAGCAAGUGGACUCGUCCAGCGCAGAACGCCACAGAUGUGGAUGAGAAGAAUCAGAUGAUGACGACCAACGUGUGGCUGAAGCAGGAAUGGACGGAUUACAAACUGCAGUGGAGUCCGGCGGACUUUGACAACGUAACGUCAAUCAGAGUUCCCUCUCAGCUCAUCUGGGUGCCGGACAUCGUGCUGUACAACAAUGCUGAUGGAGAGUUCACCGUUACCCACAUGACCAAAGCCCAGCUCUUCCACACCGGCCGGGUCCGCUGGGUUCCCCCGGCCAUCUACAAGUCCUCCUGCUCCAUCGACGUCACCUUCUUCCCCUUCGACCACCAGAGCUGCAAGAUGAAGUUCGGAUCCUGGACGUACGAUCGCGCCAAGAUCGACCUGGAGCCCUUUGAGACCACGGUGGACCUGAAGGACUACUGGGAGAGCGGAGAGUGGGCAAUUGUCAACGCCGUGGGCACCUACAACACCAAAAAAUACGACUGCUGCCACGAGAUCUACCCCGACAUCACCUACUACUUCGUCAUCCGGCGCCUGCCGCUGUUCUACACCAUCAACCUCAUCAUCCCCUGCCUGCUCAUCUCCUGCCUCACCGUGCUGGUCUUCUACCUGCCGUCGGACUGCGGAGAGAAGAUCACGCUGUGCAUCUCCGUGCUGCUGUCGCUCACCGUCUUCCUGCUGCUCAUCACGGAGAUCAUCCCGUCCACGUCGCUGGUCAUCCCGCUCAUCGGCGAGUACCUGCUCUUCACCAUGAUCUUCGUCACGCUGUCCAUCAUCAUCACGGUGUUUGUGCUGAACGUGCACCACCGGUCGCCGGAGACCCACAGCAUGCCCCGCUGGGUCCGCAGGCUCUUCCUCUCCGCGGUGCCGCGCUGGCUGUGCAUGAAGAGACCUCAACACGGACUCAGUCCUCCACGGACUUCCACCAGGGAUAAACGGGAGUCAUGGGAGGCCAAGCGGGUGUCAAUGGACCUCAGAAUGUCCUCGGUGGUAUUUCCUGGAGGAGAAAUUGCUCCAGGGGAAUCCUCAGGACGGCGGUACCAGCUCACAGAGAAACACCUCCCUGAAUCCACCUGGGUCACGCAGGUGGAUUCCACCGCUUAUCUCCAUGGUUACCAGGAUGAGGACGGUUGCCACUCCUUGAACAUGGAGGGUGAAGUUGCCCACGGCGACGUUUACCCAGACUCUCACGGCCUGGUGAGUCUCGGGCUGCAGGUAUCUGGCCGGCAGAGGAGCAGUUCCCCGUCUCCUCCCUCCCUCCGGCCCAUCAGCCUGGACUGGGAAUCCCCUGGUGUGAAGCGCCGCACCGUCCAGAGAGAGUCGGCCUCGUUUCUGUCCCCCGCCGUGGUGUCGGCGCUGCAGGGCGUGGCCUACAUCGCGGAGCAUCUGAGAGCGGAGGAUGCAGACUUCUCAGUGAAGGAGGACUGGAAGUAUGUGGCCAUGGUCGUAGACCGGAUCUUCCUGUGGAUGUUCAUUAUCGUGUGUCUGCUGGGAACUGUCGGGCUCUUCCUGCCUCCAUGGCUCUCCGGGAUGAUUUAG